UAGACUGGAACUGGUGCGGCUCUCGGAGAAGCCUUGAGUGAGUGAAAGAGAGGGAGAGGGAAAGAUAGAGGGGUGGAGGGGCUGCGCCGAACAGAGGUUGGGUCAGACAAUCACGAGAGAGAGAGAGAGAGAGAGAGAGAAAGAGAGGUUGAUAUGUGACAGGAUGUGGUUUCCCUGAGCUUGCAGUACAUAGCCGAUGCAUACUUUGAGCAUGACCUAAACGCACACGCUCUUAGUGUUUGCUGCGCACGGUUAGCUAGUGUCUAGCGAGGAUAGAACAAGCCCGCGGAGCUACUGAUCCCAUCCAGAUUUGUGUCUUCUCGCUGUCUUUUUUCCCCUCUUUGACCUGAAAGCCUCAGUUAGAGCUGUAUCGGCAGGACCUGAGUGAAGAAUCGCAGAGGAUCUGAGCGUGGACUGUUGCGCUGUUCUCCUGUCAGUAGAAUGUGUGUGUUUGUUCGAGGAGCCGUUCCAGUGGCUUUCUCUUGAUCUCAAUAGCGAACUUUCCAACUCCUGUAGUCAACAGCUUCUGAUCAGGGUCCAUACACACUCUGGGGAGAUGGGCUGUGGACUGAGGAAGCUGAAGCCAUCAGAGGAGAGCAGUCCAGGGAAGAUCUACUCCACCCUGAAGAGACCACAGGUGGAGACCAAGGUUGGCGUAGCCUACACAUACCAAUACGUUGACUUCCUCGUAGGGAAAGGCGAUGGCUCAUCUACACUGUGUCUUUCGUCUGUGCGGGAGCUCCCAGCCCAGCUCCAGGACCUGUACCAGCAGGGCUUCUCCCUGGUUGCCGUUCACCCCUUCAUUCAUCCCUGUGGUUCCAACGCAGUCAGCCUCCAGCUCCAGCUCUACAGGGCCGUGCUGAUCCGACUCGAUGAUGGGUUGGAGAAGAGCCAGUCGAGCUGUGCUCCCUACCGUCUGCAGCUGGAGCAGUGUCUGCCUACCGACCAGGUGCCCACCCCUGAGCUCAUCCAGGGCUAUGUCAAGAAGCAGAUCCAGGAUGCUGCAGACCAGGGGGUCAUGUUUGUGGGCUUCAUCCAGGAGCCGUGUGGGGUACGAGGUACCCAGACCAGAGAACCAGAGACGCCCUCCCUCUCCCUCCACUCCAGCCCCAGUUCUGUGCUCGGCUCCCUGAGCAGCCAAAGCCCCACUAGCCCCUGGACCAAUGGAGAACCAGGAGCCCAGGAGCAGGCGGUGGACACUGGGGCCGAUGAGGACCAAGGCUCCUUAUGUAAGGGUGGGGAGGAGGAGGACCAGACUAGGGACACUGGGGGGAGUGAGACUACUGUCGGGGAAAGCAACCAUGAUGGAAGAUCCUCUCUUCCCAUAUCACCAUCCACAGAGAGCGAGCAAGAUCAUGAUCAGGAUGUUAUAGUGGAAGACACACUGACACACAACAAUAACAAGACAAACGUCGUGGAACUGAAGGAGAAACCAAGCCGUCACACUCAGAGAGCCAGUGGGGUGGAGCUGCUAGCCCUGUUCAACCACCCAAUUGACCGUGAGGGCCAACUGAAGUACUACACUGGGAAGGUACCGCUGAGGGUUCAACUCCGUGACGAGGGGGUGAAAGGGGUGGAGGCCAACUGGCUGGAUCACAUGACCCAGCACUUCAACAACGGGGCCUCACUCGUUGAUGGAUACUUCCACCUGGGCAACGACAACGAUUUGCAGCCUAAGUCGGUGGAAAGCGUCUUCAUCUUCCAGGAGGGGACGGAGGGCGUCGACCAGAGUGUGACCACCACGUACGAUGCCAUCGUUGUGGAGCAGUGGACUGUCAUUGACGGCUUGCAGGUGAAAACAGACUAUGUUCCCCUGCUCCAGUCUCUUGCCAUGUACGGCUGGAGACUCACAUGUGUCCUGCCUACACCCAUCAUCAAGACCAACAGUGAUGGAAGUUUGGCCACCAAGCAGGUCGUUUUUCUGCAGAGACCUGUCCUUCCCCGCAAGAGGGGGGAAUCCAAGAAACUGAUAUUCAAAAGCAAGUCUAACAAGAACUCUGUUAAAGAUGCGUCAAAAAACAAGAAGAAGAAGAAAAACAAGCAAUCGGCAGCAGAGAAAGAUCUGGAAGAUUCCAAGAUUCUUGACGACGGGGAAAAGGUGGUCAAAGAGAGCAGGAACGUGCAGGAAAACAAGGGGAACGAAGAGGAGACAGUGAAAGAGACGGAGGUAGAGACUGUGUGUAAAGAGGCGGAGGCUCCCUGUGAAGUGGACGGAGAGUAAAAGGUUGAGGCAGAAACUGAGGAAGGGGUAGAAAGCGGGGUACAAACUGGGAAGGAGAGAGAUGGAGCUGCAGGAAAAGAUGACAAGAGUGACAAAGAGGGGAGAGUGGAGGAGGGAGAAGAAGCGGGGGCAGAGACUGAGCAGGAAAGACAGGGAGAGGGGGAGAUCGUAGAAGAGAGAGAAAAUGAGGUGGCAGUUGAUGAUGAAACCAAAACUACCAAGGGUUCAGAGGUGGAGGUGGAGACCAAAGAACAAGGGCAGAAAGGGGAGGAGCUGAAAUGGAAGUGAAGGAAAAUGGGGUUGAGAGUAAGGAAGAGACAAAUGGAGGGGAAGAGAGUGGAGAAACUGAGAAUGUUGCCAUGCAACAAGACCCACCUGACCAGGAAGAACAGGUAGUGCAAAAGGCAGUAAAAGAUAAUGGACAGGUCAAAUUGACCAAUCAAUGCCCUGAAGAGAGUCAAAGGUCGGAUGUGUAAACCUCUGCAGACAUCACACCUAAGGGUUCUCCUACCCAUCAUUCAUGUACCUACCAAACAUAACCUGAGAUAGGGGCUCCACAAGUCACCAUUGAACAGCCUAUAUUGCUGCAACAUCCUCCUACCAUGUAAUCACUCUAUCCUCUGCAGCAGACAUCUCUCCACAAUGGACACAUCUCUACCACAGAUGGACACGCAACAGUCUCUCUCACAGCCUCAGACUGAUCCUAUACCUACACAUAGUGAAUGUACAUAACUGAGAAUGAUGCGGAGGAGACUAAUGUACGAGGGUCACUGGAUAUAAUGGACAAGUUGAUGGGACCAAUGGGGCUUGGGUCUGAAGAAACAGACUUUAACCAGGCAAACUCGCUUGUCCUUAUUUGUACAGUACUAUAGUGGUACAGUUACUGUAUGCCACAUGGGUUUAGAUGAGGAGCACUGUGGGAAAUGUAGUGGCUGUUGUUGCUACACGCAAUCCAAUGCAAGGUGAAUGGAACUUGAUUUACUUUUAGCCCGUAAUGUAAAGUACUACAGAUGAUGCUGAUAAUCACUCUGAUUCUUAUAGUAGGUAUGAUACAUUCGCCUUGCAUUCCGUAUGUGUCCAUAUCCAAGCCAAGUAAAGUGUUUGAUAAUGGAGUAAAUCUCCAUUGAAUGAAUGUGUGUGGGUUGAGUGGAAGUGAAGUGUGAUGAGAACCAAACUUGGAAAUGUUGAGUCAACUUUGAGAGUUUACACACGUUUGAUUUUAAUAGCUUUUCCAAUCAAUGGUCAUUAAAAAGUACUUGGCAAGGUUAUGGGCUGGGCCAUGACUGGAUGUUCAAGAUAGAAACGGCGCACAGAGGAAGUAGAAAAACAAAAAUUAUUGAGCAUUUUGGAAUAGCUGUGUUCGAAUUGCCAUUUUCCAUUGACAUUGGCUUUAAUAUUUCACCUCAAGCUUUUAAAGCCCCUCUUGACGGUGUCAUUUCUGACAAUACCAAAAUCAUAAUGUAGUCUUUCAAGGUAUCAUGUUGCUUUCCAUUUUAAAGUGGUGCUGCGUCGAUGCUGUGUGGAGAAAUCAUUAACCGGCUAAUGGACUUUGUCAGCGGGGCGUCAGUCAAGUCAUACAUUUAUAAUGGGGGUCACUUAUGUGGCUAUUGACAGUGGAAAAUCUCACCUCUCAAAAUAACAAAUAGCACUUCAUCUGGAUUGUGAUUUUCAUAGGGAUUGAUUCUUCUUGUGCUGCAGUUGGUAAGCAAAGUCUGUAGAAACCUGUAUGUUUACAGAUGAAUAUAGGCUUGUCGUCAUUUUCUAAAUGUGGUAUUUUAAUGAAUAACCGACUGUUGGUAAUGUUCAUCUCAAUGGCAGAUGUAUUGUAUAGAAUUCCAAACUGUGACCAGGAUAGCCUUAUUAUGAUACUGGGCCUAAAUCGUCAAGUACAAAUGUCAGAAGUUUGACAAAUAUCAAGGUGGUUUCAGUGUUAUAGCCUGAGAGGGUUGCUACAAUCAGUGUUUGAAGGUAAUAUGAAGGUAAGUUCAGUGUUCUCUGUUUUAGACUUGAACAGAAGGUAAGGGAUUUGGCUUUACAAGGUGCUUUUGAUUUGAAGUUAGGCUCAGUGUAUUCUGUCGUGCUAACGCUAGCUGAAGUGUGCUUUCUAACGCUCAUACUGGAGCUAGCUACCUCCUUAGGCAUAUUGGGGAUUUGUAGCUAUGGGGUCAUCAUUGCCAACUUUUUCCACCAUAUGGUCCAUGCUGUGGGCGUGAGGUCAUUACUAAUGGCCAAGUGGUCAGGGGUCCUGUUUGAACCAUGUUUGAUGGAUUUUCCACAGCUGCUACUUGUUCGAGUACAAAGGUGUUUGCCCACAUGUCAAAUAGCAGAUUUGAUAUGAAGUCAGGAUAUUUUUUAUUUUAUGAUAUUAUCUGUGGUAUUGUUUUUUUCCAGCGACACUUCGCGUUAGGCGAUUAUGAGCUUUAAUAAGCACUUGUUUUAUUCAACAUAUUUUAUUUAGCUUUGCGGGUCACCGCUAGAGAGAGAAUAGAAAUGACUUGUCCGUUUUAAUAUUUGUGAGACUAGGACAAAUAUGAAUAAGAAAUGGAAUUCUAAAACACCCCUCUGUGAUAAAUGAAGAGAUUAUCUGGAACCUGAGACAGAUUUCCCCAUUGGCUUCUUAUCAAGUCAUUUUUUUUCUCUUUAGAUUUAAACUAAUCGCUUUCUGCCCAGAUAUAAGAUCAUGUAGGACUGUCAUAUUUCCUUAUUCAUACAUUGUUUAUUAUGUAUUCAUCAGUUCUGUUGUUCAUACCAAUUUGAGUCUUUUUUUUUAUAUAUAUCUGUGAUCCUUGUUCCUUUGUAUAUUAUUUUACACUGAGAUAAUACUGCCUCUUCAAGUACAAUGUACAUUAAGUUGUGGUAGGAAAGUGUGGGAAAAUACAGCCAGGAACUAUCAGGUGAUCUCAUGCAUUGUAUUUUAACACCUACAGCAUUCCGGUAGGACACCAUUAACAUGGACAACUGUAACCUCCGCGGAGUUGGGUCAUAUGACACCAGGUCCUGUAUCCGUUUGUAUUACCUGAGGGUCGUGAACUCCAUGCCCUCAUCUCUCGUGAUAAGAGAUGAUUUGUACAUUCGCUCAGCUUUGACAUAAGUAGACUCUGGGGAGAGUGGGUAGACUACAUUUUCCCUGAUACUGAAAAGCAAAGGAUAUAGAGAGAAAAGUGAAGCGGGAUCUGGCACUUCAUCAGUUAAAUUAUGCUGAAUGUUGUUUACUUACCCUUCCGUGACGAGGGAGACCUGUGACUAACGUAGACCAACCUCAGCCUUGUCUAGAACAAAAGCCUCCAACCCACUCGUGAAAAAAAGGUAAUCUACUGUUUCCUGUCUUUAUGUAACCAUAAUUGUCUAAAGCUCAGCAGUCAGUGGCAGUGCAAUUGUUCUUGAUAAUGCUGUGCAAAAUGUGUGUUCCAGGGUUCAUUUCCUGUGUGUUAUGAUGUGAAAUGGACAGAUUAGAAAUGACAGAAACAUGAUACAGUAGGAUGGCAAUCUCUUUAUGUUGUCACUUUAGCUUGCUCGUGGCCUCUGGAAUUGUAUUGUUAGGUUUCAUCACCGAUGUUACUGUUUAUCACCUGCGCUGCCAUUUUGAAUGUUGAGUGUCUUUGAUCAUCGGCUACCGUCACGCACUGCAGUGUUUGUAAAAACAAAGGUAUUCUUUGUGUUCACUUUUCAUGGAAAUGUCCACGUCCCUACUGUUCAUGACUGUACAAUUUGUAUAUUAUAAAAUUAUUUAUAUUUAAUGUGCA